AGUACCCCUAGCCGGAGAUGCAGUAGGAGCGGCGCGCGCAGAAAGCCCUGUCCCUGGUGCCACCAGUCUCCGGCCCAUGGCGAGCCCCAGCCUGGGGCUGCUCUUGGCGCUCGGCCUGCCACUACUGCCGGCCCGCUGGGGUCGUGCCUGGGGGCAAACAUUGGACCCCACUGCAUAUGAGAAUAGCACCACUACCACCCCAUACCCCAGCUUCAAUGGAGCCCUGUCUAAGGAGGCCACCACUGCCAUCAUCGUGGUCUUCUCCCUCCUGGCCGCCCUGCUUCUGGCUGUGGGGCUGGUGUUGCUGGUGCAGAAACUUCGAGAGAAGCGGCAGACGGAAGGCACCUACCGGCCCAGCAGUGAGGAGCAGGUGGGUGCCCGCGCGCCACCACCCCCCAACCUCAAGCUGCCCCCUGAGGAGAGGCUCAUCUGAACGCUGGGGUCUGCCACAGCUGCCACCACUGCCCAGGAUUGCCUAGCACCUGCUCCCACACAGCAUCCACCACCAAGACACCAGCCUCUGAUGGCUCAGUUGGACUUGGGGGCCAUGGGGCACCUGCUGGGUGGGCUCUGCGAAGCAUGUGGCCUCUGCAUGACUCUGCCUGCAAUUGGGGGUGCUGGGGCUAGGGACCAGUCUUCCUGCUUGCUGCACCAUCUCCACACAGGCCCAACAACCCCCCUCUCCUUUCCUUUCAGUUCUCCCACGCAAGCGAGGCCCAGGC